CUUCCAUUUUCCACACAACUUCAGCCUCAUCCUUUUGGAUUCCAAAAGAUGAGAAUCUGUUUCAGCUCUUCCCUGGGCCAGUUUGAGUCCUGUAAGGACUCUGGGCCACCUGGCUGUAGGGCAGUCCUGUCCUCUUUGACCCAGGGUGGUUGGAAGUUGCUGGCCUGACUUUUAGGUGCCCUGAACUGCCUCAGACUAAUCUGGGCAGGCCCUUUCAUUCCCUUAGGGCUUGGUUGGGCGCAGAGCCAGGCUGGAGAGGCGGUGGUGCCUGGGGCCACUCCAAGCAUUUUCGAGCUGCUCUUGGGGUGGGGUCCGGGACUUUGGGGCAGGUUUGGCCGGUUGCUGGUGAGUGGGAUCAGGUUUGUUGAACCCGGCUCUUGCGCCCUGAAACUUUCAGGCCGGGUGGCCGGGGGCGGGGUCGUGCGCGGUGACGUCAAGCCGUCAGCCCCUCCCGGGCGUCGCUACGCAGGCGAGCAGAGCGCGGAGGCUGGUGCGGCGCUGGGAUCUUACUGACCCGCGGCUGAGGCGGCGCGAGAACAUGGGCGCUCAGCUAAGCGGCGGCCAGGGCUCGGGGGAGCUCGCGCAGCCCCGGCCCCGGCCCCAGCCCCAGCCCUCGGCGCCUGAGGGCCCUGGGCGGCCCCAGCCCUCGGCGCCUGAGGGCCCUGGGCGGCCCCAGCCCGAGCCCAGCCCCUGGGGGCCGCUGGACGACGUGCGCUUCCUCAUCGUCUGCACCUCCUGGUACUGACUCGCCGUCCCCCGCAGUUACUACCCGUCGCCUCUGGUCGUUCCGUCCGCCUCGCCUGGACGGGCCCUUGUCUCUCCCCACUGCCCGGUGUCUCUCGUCACCUUCCCCCACCCGGAGACGCGCGGAGAGUACGGGAGCCCACGGGGGACUGGCAAGAAGCCUCUGCAGCUUCGCCUAGGGGCACCGUCUUGCCUCUGGCCCCUCCCACUUCCCCGAAUUUUGUUCGCUUCUCAGCCAGCACCCAAACCAGCUCAGACCUUUAUGCUCGUCCUCACACCACAGUUUCUCCAGACGUCUGGUUCCUGGGGCCAUCUCCCUCGUCACUGGCUUCCAGAACCAGGCCAGGGCUUUUGGUAAGAAGACUCCAAGGCUGCGGGCCUAACCUCACCUGUCUGUCCUUUCAUGCUGAAAACUGGGCUCUUGCUUUUGUUCCUGGUCGUGGCACCAUGUACCUUGACCUCAGAAAAGACCUUGCCACGGUGACCCUGCCCAUACUUCUCCUGCAAGGGCUUGUUCCACCACGCUGGGUGCCAUCCUAGUAUUAUCAGCCUGUAUUCCUGGGACCCCAGUAACAGUGGGCCUCCAAGGCCAGCCUUUUGGAGAUGGGGACAUUUGAUUACUUGGCUGGCAGAUGAGAUGCAUGGGGCAGCUCCCAGAUACCACAAAGUGCCCUGUACCUCUUCUCCCAGAAGCUUCUUAACGUCACUCUUAGAACCCGAUCCUGUACCCACAUCCCAGGGAAGUGACACAUUCUGUAUUUUUGUUUUAUUUAGAAAUGAUUUAAAAAACAUUAUACAAAGGCUGAUCAGUUUAAAAUGUGACUGACACUGAAAUGCUGUGAUGUUCCCCAGAUUGAGGGGAGGCUGGGCUCUGGAGCCCCCAGUGCUUUGCCCCUCUGUCUGUCUGCCCAGUCCCGGGAUGAUGGACAAACAGAUGACACAAGGCAGGAGAAUCCAUGAUUGGAAGCCUCCAGGCUGAGCCCUCUCUGGGCCUGGCCCUGCAUCCCUCACAUCUGCAGCCUGGGCUGCCUGCCUCCAUCUCCUGCUCUUUCUCAGCUGACCUUGGUAGUACCAGGAGCCAGUGGGGAGCCUGGGGGGCCUAGAGCUUUCAAGAAGUGAGAGCACCAACCUGAGGAGUGGAGAGGAACCAGAAAGGGGAGAAGGGAGGCCAAGAAAAGAUGGAUAAAAGAGACACUUCUGAUCUCAUCUUGGACCCUAGAAGGGUCCAUCGGUGAGAACUCAAGGCCCAGCCAGCCCGCUUGGAUGGCCUGGGCAGGUAAUGGCCUCUCUGUGCUUCAUUUGAGGGCACAGUGAGAAUUACCCUUGACCUCCCAGGGCGUACAUGAGUUACAUGUGCGUGGACAGGGGUGAGCUAAUAAAGUGCUUUGCAAAGUAUAAAA